AAUAAGCUCAGCUGGUUCACGAAUCUGAGUUGAUGCCUAAUCUAAGCUAAUCUCUCCGGCGACGAGCUCAGGCGAAGACUUCUUCUCACCUGUAUCUGAUUCUCCAAAGAUAGGAUGAAAGAGAAGGGAGAUUACGUGCCGCCGCGUUACAUUCCGUUAAGAGAGUCUGAGGAAGCUGAUGCUGAAGAAGAAGCAAACACCACACCAACAAGUCUUGAAGUUGCUGUUUCUGGAGAGACAAGAGAUGGUCCGAAACAGUGGUCGUCUGGCAUAUGCGCUUGUUUCGACGACAUACAGAGCUGUUUCAUAGGUUUGUUCUGUCCGUGUUAUGUCUUCGGCAAAAACGCAGAGCUGUUGGGGUCUGGAACAUUUGCAGGACCCUGCUUAACCCAUUGCAUUUCAUGGGCGUUGGUCAACACCAUUUGUUGCUUUGCAACCAAUGGUGUGUUGCUCGGUCUACCUGGAUGUUUUGUGUCAUGCUAUGCUUGUGGAUACCGCAGAUCGUUAAGAACCAAGUAUAACUUACAGGAGGCUCCUUGUGGGGACUUUGUAACGCACUUCUUCUGUCACUUGUGUGCCAUUUGCCAAGAAUACAGAGAGAUCCGAGAACGUAGCAGCGGCUCAAGUCCUACUGACAUGAAGAUGGCUGUUACCGACGCUCCCAUAGCUCAAACCAUGGAACCAGCUAACUAAUCACUACUGUUUUGCAAUGUAGAAGAUCUUAUGAUCACUUUUGCAAUGUAUUUGAGAAGUUUGGUGUAGUAUAAUUUUUUUAAGGUUCUAUAUAACUUUAUCAAAGAUAUAUAAAAAGGUUACAGCAUUCGCAUUC